AUGAAGUACAUCCUGGUUACGGGGGGGGUGGUGAGCGGUCUGGGCAAAGGGGUGACUGCGAGCAGCAUAGGCGUCCUCCUCAAGGCAUGCGGCCUUCGUGUUACUUCCAUCAAGAUUGGUCAGCGAUUCCUUUCACUCCUUUACCUCCCCCGUCCACGUAUCCGUGGAUCUCUGUUGCUGGCUCUUCUCGCUCCUUUCCUUUGUUCGUCCUUCUUUGUUCGUGGAAGCUUUUCUUACUCCUUGGGUAGCUUUUUUUCCCCUUAGGAUCAAGAAGGGUUUCCCUCGGGGUAAACUUCUAUGCAUGCCUGUCAACCCAUUGCACGCAACGAUCUCCUGGGACCGACGCGGCAGCCCUCCUCUAUUUUUGUCUUCUCGUCGUCGCCCGCCCUUCUUUACGUCCUCUUCCUUUUGGUCUUGUUUUACAUUUGCUUCGGAUUUUUUCUUCGUGGGUUUAAGGUGCUUUUGCGUGUCUAAAGUUUAUUCUCGUUUCUUAUUGCGAGACGGGAUAUGUACGACCAUGUUCUCUCUCGCUUUUAUUAUAGGUGUUCCGUUCCUUUCUUGCCAAUUGUUUUUCCUCUGGGAUCAUCACGGCCAACGGGUCAUCCUUCUACCCAGGUCUUCUGCGUUUCGUGGGAAGGAUUUUAUUAUUCAUUCGUUUGCGGAAGUCUGCGGUUCCUUGACUGACCAUCGUUUUAUUUAAUUCGUACGUUAUUUGUAUUAUAUUUUUUCUCAUUCGCGACUGGGGUUUGCUGUUUUUUGGUCCGUCAUGUGAAAGGUCACUGGCUAUCUAGGAAAAUCUCUGUUCAUCAUCGCUUCAUAUAUGUCCAUGUUCUUUCAUAUUAAAGCCCGGGUUUUCUUCUCUGGGAAGCGUCUCUUUCCACGAAAACACGAACGCUGUCUCGAUGUUCGAGGGUUGAGAGGUUGCCAAGAAGGCGCGUAUCGUCCCCGUUUUGGGGAUCGAUGUUCGACAAAGUAUCGAUCUUUGUGCCGCUGAGCUCACUUUUAGCGACGCAGAGAAUGAGUGUUUGUGUUGUUUACCCAUCUUAUUUCAGCAUGGGUUCCUUUCGAUGUUUGAAGUACAUGUUAUCUCCCGGAACGGGGGGAAUAUCCUUCUCCCACCGUUUAACAUUCUGGUUAUAUCUCCUCGAGGGGCAGGAAUGGCAGGGGCAAAAGCUCUUCCUGUUUCAGAGACGAGCUUUAUGUUGACUCUUAGUAGCUCCAGUAUAUCGUUUUUAUUUCAAGGUUCUAACUCCAAUAAUCUGACGUCAUGAAAUUCUCCUUCCCAUACUGUACAUCUGGAGAUAUCGUGAUUAAUUUCUGAAGGAGAAGUACGCUUAUGAUGUGCAACUUCUGUGCAGAUCCAUACCUGAACACUGAUGCAGGAACCAUGUCUCCUUUCGAACAUGGGGAGGUUUUUGUGUUGGACGACGGUGGUGAGGUAGUUGGACCCUCGGAUGCUUACUUAGUCUCAAUACAGUUUGUGCUAUUAAUGCCCAUCAUUAUUUUCCUCAGUCUUGCUAAUAAUGAUUAGGAUAGUGGCAGCUUUCUCUUUACCUGUGAGGCUGCUCCUUUGUUUUAUUAUAUACAUGGUAAGCAGUGAUUUAGUUCGGUGUUUUAUGAUCUGUGUGCUCAUGGGUUUUGGGUUUUUAUCUUCUGGUCCUCUCAACUUUAGCUUCCCAGAGUGAUCAUUCUUCUCUAAUUUAAAGUCAACUGUUGAUCUUUCCAAAGUAGAUGCUUUUAGCAUGCUGACAUAUCAAAUCAUCGUGUAGAUUUAAUUUAUUCUUUCUUUAUGAAGGUGGACUUGGAUCUUGGAAACUACGAGAGGUUCCUUGAUAUUAAGUUAACUCGUGAUAACAAUAUCACCACUGGAAAGAUCUAUCAGGUACAUGUGAUGCAAUUUCGUGAGGAAUAUGUCGUGCAAUAGUAAUGCAUCUUUUAAUCUCUACGAUCUGCCUUCUUCUGUGAUUUUUCUCGCCACUUAGGCCAUGCUCUAAUCUUCCUCAACCUUGUUGCCUCUACAGUUUGUUAUUGACAAGGAGAGGAGAGGAGAUUAUCUUGGAAAAACAGUUCAGGUUUGUCUCAUGACGGAGAUUGUCUUGGAAAAACAGUUCAGGUUUUCAUACCUUGAAGCUGUCUCAUUCAUGGUGUUUCUCUCUACCCAUCAGGUUGUUCCCCAUAUAACCGAUGCCAUUCAAGAGUGGAUUGAGCGUGUAGCCAUGAUUCCCGUGGAUGGGAAAGAAGGCCCUGCUGAUGUCUGUGUGAUAGAACUCGGUGGAACAAUCGGUAACACCAUCUCUCUCCCAGAUGGUUUUAUAACUUUGCCAUCUCAUCUGUAUGGUCAACGUUUUCUAUAUAGCUUUAGAAAACCAUGGAUUUUCCGUGUCAUACUAACAAUGACGUUUUUGGCACAGGUGACAUCGAAUCGAUGCCCUUUAUUGAAGCUUUGGGCCAGUUUUCAUAUCGCGUAGGUAAAUAUUAUCGGCAAAGCCAUCUGUGAGAGCUGGGGAGACUAAAGAUCAUUCUUUCUUUCCCUUUAUGGCGGUCUCUUCUGUCUGAUUCUUAGGUCCUGGGAACUUCUGCUUGGUCCAUGUCAGUCUCGUUCCAGUCUUGAACGUGGUCGGUGAGCAGGUAGGCAGUGAUGAUUGUGCAGACUGCAUAUUUUUGGAAAUAGGAAAGCAGGGGUCACAGCCUCUUGGUUUUGACCGGCUUUUAUCUCACUUGCAGAAAACUAAGCCCACUCAGCAUAGUGUUCGGGGGCUCAGAGGACUGGGAUUGACGCCAAACAUAUUGGCUUGCCGCAGUGCCAAGGUGUCUCCUUGACCUUUUUCUGUUUGACAUGUUUUGGCAUUGCACUAGCUGGCCCCCACUGACUUUCUGUGAAACUGUGGAUAGGCUCUGGACGACAAUGUGAAAGGAAAGCUGUCACAAUUUUGCCAUGUUCCGGUACCCAAAGAUCUGAAUACCCACUGAUAUUUUCUUGCUCGUUCUCUUGUUUGUGGUGUUAUCAAUCUAAGUGGAGUUGACUUCCUUUUCACUCGCAGGUAUCGAAUAUUGUUACACUCUAUGAUGUCUCUAACAUUUGGCACAUACCAUUACUGCUAAAGGUAUGAUUGAGUCCUCAAAAGGGACAUUUUCUUAUGACCAGGCUGUGGAAAUGCUAAAUGCGCCAGUUUAGAAAUUGUCAUAGAUUCAUAUCUCAUUCGAUCCAUAAAUGGUUUUUUUUUUCUUCCUAUUUGUAGGAUCAAAAGGCUCAUGAGGCGAUCCUGAAAGAGCUUGACCUUCUGGGGUUAGUGUCAUUGGGCCCGUACCCGUUUAUGUAUCUUUUCAUUUUUUUUCAAUCUUUGAUGAAGUUCAUCAAGCUUCCGCCUUUUCCACUCCUUGUCAAUCCCACUUUGCUGGCACACCAAGGUGGAUACUACCUGAAUUCACCUUGCAGAACAGAAACAUUUAGAAAUAAACCUCUUGUUUGGUAGCAUAUAUUGACCGGAUCCGGUCAUAUAAAAAUUUAUGGCACACGUCUUUCUUGCAGGGUUGCACGGAAGCCUGCGUUGCAGGAAUGGAUGUCUAGAGCUGAAAUUUGCGACAACUUACACGAAACUGUGAGCCUCUAAGUGAUCCGGUUGCCACAUAUGUCUUUUUUCUAGCCUUGUCUUAUGACUGACUAUUUCUAGCCUCAGCUGACGGUGAUAGUAUUGCAAUUUUCAGGUCAGAAUUGCCAUGGUUGGAAAGUAUACUGGCCUUUCGGAUUCCUAUCUUUCUGUGCUGAAGGUGGACGAUUCUCUUCUAUUGUUGGCAAGAAUUAUCUUUACGCUGUUCAAUAUGAUGCACUAGUAUUAUUUGGAAGGGCACGAUGAAGAACGAUCCACUUUUAUGAUCUCUCAAUAAUUCAUCGAGUCUAUAAGGAAAAUUGAAAACUCAUGGGCUUCGACGAAUUUUCUUCAUCUUCUGUAGUUUGUGUUGGAGAUAGAGGACAAAUCUUCAUGGGCUUAUGAAGGGCUGGUUUCUUUGUUCCCCCAAUCGCAAACCAGCAGAUGCUAUAAAUAGUAACAUAUGGCGCAUUCUGGGGCACAAAAUUUGUCACGUGUUUAUGAAACAAAGAUGGUGAACAUUCUCGUUUCUCGCAUUGCUUAUGUACUAGUUACAUCUCUUUCCUUCAGGCCUUGCUGCAUGCUUCUGUGGCUUGCCGUCGUAAGCUCAUUGUGGACUGGGUUCCUGCCUCUGAUCUCGAAGAUGCCACAGCCAAAGAGGUCCAGACCAUCACUGUUCAUCUGAUUCUUCCCGCCUUUGCUUCACACACAGAAAUACUGAGGUUACUCGCGCAUUUUCUAUUUGCAGUCGCCAAGUGCGUACGAGUCCGCAUGGAGUUUGCUCAAGGUAAGAUCAUUCCUCCAUAUGAUGAUGAGCAGUUACCCCUUUUGCAUCUCUUCUGAACAGUUAUCCUGCUCAGGGUGCAGAUGGUGUUCUGGUGCCCGGGGGAUUUGGGGACCGAGGCGUACAAGGGAAAAUAUUGGCGGCCAGAUACGCACGAGAAAACAAUGUCCCAUAUCUGGGUAUUUGCCUAGGCAUGCAGAUUGCCGUCGUCGAGUACGCACGGUCUGUUCUUAAGCUGCAAGAUGCUAACAGCACUGAAUUUGAUCCGGACACUGCGAAUCCCUGCGUUGUCUUCAUGCCGGAGGUAUUCCGAGUUCUUCUGGGUUUCUUUCUUUUUCUUUCCGAUGCAUUUGAUUCCCAAGAUCCAAUCUUUACGCUCGGAAUAUCCAGGGUUCUAAAACUCACAUGGGGGGCACCAUGCGGCUUGGCUCUAGACGGACGUUUUUCCAGGACAUCAACUGCAAGUCCGCCAAACUGUGAGGACAUCAAGCCCUCUUUCCCAAUGCUAAUUAUACUUCAUUUCGUCUGAUGCUCCUCUCACAAGCUGGGCUUCUGCACUCGUCCUUUUUCUGAUUGGAUACUCAAUUCGUAAUCUUUAUAUUCCUUUUAGGUAUGGGAAUGUUAGAUACGUUGAUGAGCGUCAUCGGCAUAGAUACGAGGUAGGGCGCCUUCCGACCAACCCAUGCUUUGUUCUAUAAUCUAUUGGGGAUCUAAUUUUUCGCUCGUCGUUCAUCUUCUUCCCCGUUCCUUUAGGUCAACCCAGAGAUGGUCCUGGAGCUAGAAGCUGCCGGUCUGCAGUUCGUGGGCAGAGAUGAAACAGGUCAACGGAUGGAGGCAAGUCUUUCUACAGAAGUUUUUGGGGUCCUAUUGUUCUCGUUCCGACCCCAUUUCUUGAUCUCGUUCUUGGGCCCUUCUCUUGCAGGUCCUUGAGCUGCCGACCCAUCCUUACUUCGUCGGCGUUCAGUUUCAUCCGGAAUUCAAGUCUUGGCCCGGGAAGCCAUCGGCACUCUUCCUAGGUACAUUGGGCUUCGCUAGGAAUCACAGGGUGAAGCUGGGCUUCUUUAACGCCAUUCAUCUGCUUGACAGGGCUCAUAGCGGCCUCCUGCGGCUAUCUGGAAACCCUCCUCCAGAGCCCCUGCCUGGCCAACACGAUGACGGCGAAGCACGCGGCCGGCAACGGCGCGGUGGCGAAGCUCUUCCAGAAGGGGAGCAAGGCGCCGCCGCCGAACGGGCUGAUCAGCAACGGCGUCUACUCUAACGGGAAUGGCGUGCAUGUCUAG